UGGCUGCAAGUUGGCUGCGCAGAUUUCCUCCCCCGCCCCCUUUCCGAUCCCUCCAUGCCCCGACCUGAACUUUAGCAGCCCCUGGGGCUCCGGCGGAGGGAGCCACCCUGAGCGCCUGGCUGCCGGGAACAUGAUUUGAAGCCGGCGAGGCGAGAGGGCGAGGGCGAGCUGCGCAGGGGCAGACUCCGGAAGAUGAGCCACGCAGAUCUUACAAAACCACCACUUGCACCAAAGCCAAAGAUCCUCAGCCACCUUGCAUCUAUAGCUGCUUCAAAAUUUCCUCCAUCACUGUCAAGGGCUGGCACACUUCACCAUUCAAACUCUAUGUCUAGGGGUCCCAAACCACCCAUUGCUCCUAAGCCAAAGAUCUCUGUUGACAGCGAUCCAGCAAUUAUACAGAGAUCCAGUGUUUAUGCCAACAAUACCUUCAACAGAUGCACCAAUGGAAAACUGGAGGGAGAGCUUUAUGAAGGGAAUCAGUGCGACAACACUGAGUGCCCAGAAUCAGAAGUCGAUGAUGAAUAUAUUGUAAUCCCUGAAGCUGAGGCGACUAGUAAUGACUUUGAACAUGGGCAGGAACCAGAAGAGAAUGAAGUCUUACAUACCCCUGAAGCAGCAGGUGAGGAAGAGGAGAACAGUGAGAUCUGUGAUCUUGAAAUAAAUGUCUUGGAGAACAAUGGCGCUGAUCUAGUGGAAGAUUACUCUGUUGAACCAACCACAGAUCAAGCUCUUGGAAGCCCUGAAGCACCUGAAAAGGGAAAAGAUGGAUAUGAAAAUGUAGACUAUGAAAUUGAUCCCACUGAGACCAAACUGAACUGUGCAGAUGAGGGGGAUGAAAUACUCAGAGAGCUGGUUCUGGUAAAGGAUCAUAAUGAAUAUAAUAUGGACACUAAGAUUUUGAAUGGAGAUGAGGCUUUGAAAGACACUUUAUGUGAAGAUAUCAUUUUAAGGCAUUUAGAGGAGCCAGUUCCAGCUUCAGAGGAUCUGCCAUCAGUUUGUGAGAAUCCAGGAGAGGAGGCUGCACCUCAGACAUUAGAAGAGGAGAAAUCCAAUACUGCUGACACAGAAAUGGGCCCAAAACAUAAUGAUGGAGAUGAAUCAGCCUUGAAUAUAGAGAAGGAGCUGGUGCAGGAUGUUUGUGCAAGUCCUGAUGAUCAACUUGCUGAUGACUCUGAAGAAGUAGACACUGGAUUAGAUCUCAACAGACCUGAGCCUGAUACUGAAUUGACUUUGGAAGAGACCACACAUGAAGUUGUUGCUGGCAAGGAAGAGGAAAUAGGCCCAAAUGCUGAAUGUGAAACAAGUAUAGAACAGGAAGUCAAUAUAGAUGAUGGCGAGCAAACCACUGAGAUGAAGACUGUGGGGGAAACAUCAGAGCCAGCAUGUGAUACAAGGGAAGAUUCAGAAGAACAAGAUGAAGUGGUAGACACAGAGACCAUGGAUGAUAGCUGCCAAAUCAUUCCCUUUGAAAAAGACUGCAGUGAGGAUGCUCCUGAUUCUCCCGAAGAAGAUUUAGGUGAAGGUUUGCCUUUAGAAGGGACUGAACUGUCUAAUGAUAACCAACUGUUCAGUCUUCAAGAAGGUCAUGAGCUCAGAUCUGACUCACAGCUGGCUGAAGGAUCUAAGCCAGAUGUUUUACCUGGUGAUCACAGUGCAAGUGAAUCUGCUUUGGAAGACAAACAGUCAGAUAGCCAAAUGCUUGAGCUGGAUCACAGCAGUGUUGAAGAAACCACCCCAAAUGAACCCAAUGAAACGUCACCUGAAGAACUGGACAAAUGCCACCAUAGCACAAACUCAGGCAGUGAAUAUUCGAUUGAGAAAGCUUCAGUGGUCCCUGAUGUUGUGGUUGUUUCUGAUAAGGAUGGAGAUAUAGCCAAUGACUCCUUAGAUGACCCGUACGUAUUGGGAGACAGUUUGCCUUCAGCAACCGAAUCCCUUUAUGCCGGAAUAGAAGUGGGGGAAGUUGAUGUUCAAGGUAAUUCAAGUGAUUUCAGAGAGGGAGGGAGUAUGGAUGGUGAAAAUCACUUGCUGUCCAUUGAUCGGAAAAGCAUUGUUACUAGAACAAGGUCCCUCUCUGGGAAAGUACCUGGCUAUGUGCCAGAAACAGUUCCAGAAGAAACAGGCCCAGACACUGAACUACAACCCUUAAAUACACCCUCCACCAUGACUGAUGAUAUAAGCCAUAAGUUCUCUCUGUCAGAAGGAAAGCCCAUGGAACUGAAUAGAGCAUUACCUGCAAAGCCAAGACGCUUUGUUUUGUAUCCCCGAUCCUACUCAGUAGAAGGCAGAGACAUUCCUGUCUCUGUUUAUAGAGAAAGUGAUACAGCUAUAUUGGAUUACAAUAGAAUAAACAGGACAGAAGACCUCUCUUUGCCAUAUGUAAUUGGUUCCUCAGGUAGCUUUUCCCAGAGAAAUCACCUUCCGUCGAGUGGGGUGUCCACCCCAUCCUCAGUUGUCGAUAUUCCGCCACCUUUUGAACUCGCCUGUAUCACCAAAAAGCCCAUCACAAAAAGUUCACCCUCGCUUUUAACAGAGAGUGAAUCUCCUGAUAAAUACUGCAAGAAAAAGAAGUCCUCUUUUAAAAAGUUCCUCACCUUAAAGUUUAAGAAGAAGACUGAAAAUAAAGUCCAUGUGGAUGUUCACGUUUCUUCUUCAAGGUCCUCCUCAGAGUCUAGCUAUCAUGGACCUACCCGGGUUAUGGAACUGGACAGAAGGAGCUUGAGUAGUUCACCUCAGCUAAUAUCACGAACUGGGAAGCUGAGGGCUUCUGAGUCUCCAACUAUUCUCUUCUACAAGGAUGGCAAGAGACGGGGGACACCCAAAACCUUUAGUAGGAGUGUGUCAAGGGUGGAAUCCUUUGAGGAUCGUUCAAGGCCUCCUUUCAUGCCCCUUCCUCUAACUAAGCCUAGGUCUAUUUCUUUUCCUAAUGCUGAUACUUCUGACUAUGAGAAUAUCCCAGCGAUGAAUUCUGAUUAUGAAAACAUACAAAUUCCCCCACGAAGGCCCACCAGGGCAGGAACAUUUACUGAAUUUUUUGAAGAUCCUAGCAGGGCAUUAUCUGCUGCAAAUGAGAAUGACGGCUAUGUGGAUAUGAGCAGUUUUACGGCCUUUGAGAACAAUAAACAGCAACCUACCAACCAGGAAACUGAAAGUGCCUACACAGAGCCUUACAAGGUGUGCCCUAUCUCUGUGAUUCCUGUGGAAGAUGUCACAUCAGAUGAGGAACAGAAAAGUUCUGGAGAUGAAGACAGUAACCAGGGGGAUUCCAAUCUCAUCCACAAGAAAGAAGGACACUCCAGAGCCCACCUCAUCGCCCAGGAGCUUGUGUCUUCAGAAAAAGUGUAUGUGGAGAUGCUCCGGCUGCUACAUAUGGAUUUCCACGAAGCCAUCUUGAAAGUGCUGGGAGAUGAGGAUGACAAUGACGAUGAACAAGCAAAGCUCAAGGAAGGGUUGAAUGAGAUCCCAGAAAUCUACAAUUUGCACCAAGAAAUACUGGGAGAGCUGGAAGAAAAGGUUCUCAACUGGGAAGAACAUCAGAAAGUGGCCGACGUUUUCCUCUCCCUAGAAUCAAGGUUCAGGCACCACACGGCUUACAUUAUGCAGUUUGACAGGAAUUUGGCUUUGCUGGAUGAAGGCCGUCUGAAAUCUUCCCAGCUGGAUGCUGUCUUUCGAGAGUUCGAGCAGUUUCAUGGUGGCAGUCCCUUGAAUGUGAAACAUCAGCUCUUGAAAGUGGUGCAGCGCAUAUUCCAGUACCAUGUGCUACUCACAGAUUACUUGAAUAAUCUUUGCCCUGAUUCUGCUGAGUAUGAAGAUACACAAGCUGCCUUGCUCAUCAUCUCUGAAAUUACAGACCGAGCCAAUGACAGCAUGAAACAAGGGGAAAACUUGCAGAAGCUGGUACAUAUCGAGCACAGUGUCAAGGGGCAGAGCAAUCUCCUCCAACCAGGAAGGGUGUUUCUUAAAGAAGGAACGUUAAUGAAAGUGUCUGGGAAAAAUAGGCACCCUCGCCAUUUGUUCUUGAUGAAUGACGUUCUGCUGUAUACAUAUCCCCAGAAGGAUGGCAAAUAUCGGCUGAAGAACACCUUGGCUGUGUCUGGCAUGAGGGUUAGUCGUCCAGUGACAGAAAAAGCCCAAAAUGUCCUGAAGAUUGAAUAUGCUGAAAAUUGCCUAACUCUAUCGGCAAGCUCGUGCUCUGAAAGGGAUGAGUGGUUCAGCUGCAUCAGCAGAAGCAUCCCAGAUGACUACCGGGCUCACAGUGCAGCUGGUUUUCACAACAGCGUUGAACUUCGGGAAAGGCUGGGAAUGUCUUUGGGUGAGAGGCCUCCAACCUUGGUACCUGUGUCUCAUGUCAUGAUGUGCAUGAACUGCGGUUGUGACUUUAAGCUCACAUUGCGGCGUCAUCAUUGUCACGCAUGCGGGAAGAUUAUAUGCCGAAAUUGUUCAAGAAACAAGUAUCCUCUGAAGUACCUCAAAGACCGACUGGCAAAAGUUUGUGAUGGCUGCUAUGGAGAACUGAGGAGGAGAGAGCGGCCAAUGAGCGUAAGCUUCCCUACAAGUUCAUCCAGAUUUUCAAGCAGUGCCUUCUCUUCUGUCUUCCACAAUAUCCACUACUCAUCCUUCAAAAGGCAAAAGAAAAUCCCUUCAGCUCUUUUGGAGGUGGCAGCUUCAGGAGAGGGUUCUUCUAUCAGUGGCUAUCUCAGCAGAUGCAGGAGGGGGAAAAGGCACUGGAAGAAGCUGUGGUUUGUUAUCAAAGGCAAAGUGCUCUACACCUAUACAGCAAGUGAGGAUAAAGUCGCCACAGAGAGUUUGCCUUUGCUGGGUUUCACAAUUGUCCCAGAAAAGGAAGACAGAAAUAUGGACGCAGUUUUCCAUCUUUACCACAAGCAAACUCUGUUUUAUAGCUUCCGAGCAGAGGAUAACAAUUCAGCACAGAGAUGGAUUGAAGCCAUGCAGGAAGCAUCUGUGUUAUAGCAUCAUCCAAGUGGACUUUGAACAUGUUUAUAUUUACAGCAGCACCCUUCUACUGGAAGAAACUGUGUAGAUAUUCCACUCUGGCUAAACAUACUGGGGAAAAGUUGUACAAGACUAUUUUUUUCCUUCCACAAACGUAUUUCCAUGGAGGUGGAAACUUUAUGGCCCCUUUCCUAUCUUUGCAAGUUCAUCCUUCAUUGUACUCUUACUCCCAUAUGAUACAGCUGCAUCGUAUUUUGAAGAUUUAGAAUAAAUGUAUGCAUUCUUUCUAAAAGAUAUGCUUACUCAUAACAAGUGGUUUAGUUUUACUUACUUUUUGAGAGUACUGCGUGUUUGUCAGCCAUGAAACUGAUAUCCAAUGCCCUAAAUUUUUAUUAAAAUACCAUUUCCUUUCUUCUUGCCCGAAGAGGUCUGCACCACUAGCCCAUUUACAUUUCUAGGGUAAAAUAGUGUGCUAUGUUUAUAUGAAUUGUUACCACAGGAAGUUUGUGAAAACAGAGCCUAACACUAGUUCAUUGGUAAGGACUCAAGACUUCCUUGCCAAGAUCAUUAAUGUACUACAAAAUCCAACCCAACUCAAGACUUCACCAGUCUGCGCUCCAAAUGAUGUUAAUUUAUUGUACACCUUUCGUUUUUGCGAAACUGAUUUACCUAGUAUACCAUUGCAAAGCCAAGGGAAUCAGAUUUCAUUUUAUAAAUCUUAUUACUAAAGUAUUAUUCAUCAAAAGCUGGUGUUGUCAGCACGCAACUUCAGGGCAAAAGGCACGUAACUAUGCUGGCUAUAGAUUAGCAAAGCCAGGGCAAAAGUUUCCCAAACCUUGUCUUCAGCAGCCAUGCAAGUUACCACUUACUUGGGGCAACUAAGGCCUUAGCUAGACCGGG